AAUGCAUUGCUGUCUACACUACAUCUGUAACUUGUACAGGGUGAGUUGUUUAAUUCGUUUUCCUUUUCCUCUUUGUGGGACUUCGGACCUUGACAUUAGGCCGCUACAAAUCCCAAAUACCUACUUCCACAGUUCUACGGCACACCCACACGCUGAAAUUUAAGCCCCUCAUGAGAAUCUGAAUUUCCUUCUCUUCCCUAAUUUUCUAAAUUGCACGUUUUCCUAGGCUAAAACAUCGAGUAAAACUGCGUAUCAUAUUUUGACUACUUUACCAUAGCAUUGAAGAAGUUUUGUGGAAUGUUCAAACUAUGAGGUGGACAUUUACACAGCUGUUCGUUGGCAUCGACAUUUAUGUCCAGGCAAAGAAAUGGAGGCAUAUUUUGGCUUUGGGUUUCUUGAAAUUGAGAUAAGGAGUCUGCUUAUUGCUUGUGCACCUCAAUUUACAAGCUGGAUUUGUUCUCAAAGCAAGCAAAAGAAAUUGGGUUCUUGGGAUUCUUAACAAGUGAUUCUCUAUUUGAUUCUAUACAGUUGAGUAGAUGAAGCUUUGUUAUGCUGCCUGAACGCUAAAAUGUCUUGGAUUCAGUCAGCAUUUGGAAGUAAAAUCAGCCCAGUAAUUCUUUUCAUCAUAGUUAUACUGGCUGUUAUAUUCUUCAUCUCUGGUGCUCUCCACCUGGUUGUUAAAUUUCUUAUGAAGCAAAGAAAUUCAUCAUCACAGUCUAAUGAAUACCCAGAAAUGUCGACUUCUGGUGCUUUUCAAAGACAGUUACAACACCUCUUCCAUUUACAUGAUUCAGGUCUAGAUCAAGCCUAUAUUGAUGCACUCCCUAUGUUUCUAUACAAGGAUGUUGUGGGUUCAAAAGAGCCAUUUGAUUGUGCUGUUUGUUUAUGUGAAUUCUCAGAACAAGACAAUUUGAGGCUUCUGCCCUUAUGCGGCCAUGCUUUUCACAUUGAUUGUAUAGACACAUGGUUACUCUCAAACUCAUCAUGUCCACUUUGUAGAGGGGUAAUUUUGGCACCUGGGUUUUCUUUGGAGAACCCAUUUUUCGCCUUCGAUGACUCGAAAGAUGACGAUAGAGAUUCAGGGAAUUCAGGUUUUGUUAGUGUUUCUUGUGGUCCAAAGACAAAUCACGAAGAUAGUAGCAUUAUUAGUGACAAAAGGGUUUUUUCUGUGAGGCUUGGCAAAUUUAAGAACACAAAUUAUAGUCAAGAAUGUGAAGAAAGAGAAGUGGGAGAGAGUAGCAACAGCAAUAUUGAUGCUAGGAGGUGUUUCUCAAUGGGUUCAUUUCAAUAUGUGGUUGCUGAUUCAGACCUCCAAGUGGCCUUGUGCACUCCUGUUAAGGAGAAAGGAGGGCAAAGUGGGAAUUUCACAACUGAUGAGGAUGCUUUUGAUGAGAAGAAAAUUAACACUAGAAGUAAAGGUGAAAGCUUUUCUGUUUCUAAGAUAUGGCUGUGGUCCAAGAAAGGUAAAUUUCCCAGUUCCACAAGUACUCACUGUUCUGACUCUAUUGAUGUGAGUUUGCCAUGAAAUGAUUAUGUUCAGACUAUACAAGAAGAUGCCAAUUUAGUAAUAGCAAUAGUAAUACAAGGUUUUGUUCACUGUGGAAAACCAUUCAAUUCUUAGUGCUAAGGGGCUUCUUUUUUUCUUUUUGAAUUUAGAUCUAACAAUAAAUCGAAUGGAGUUGAGAAAAAAGAUCUAUGUAGACAACCUUUUAAAUUUUUUAUUGACGUGUAGUAUGUUCAUUGUGAAAA